GGGCAGUCUCCCUCCCUCCCUCCUCAGCAUCCUUUCUUUUGCUGCUUCACCGCAUUAGCUGCCAUCGGCUAAACGGGGACUAAACUCCAUCCCAAACCUGACCACCUGGCCGUCUGCUUAACAGGGUAUAUGAAAAAUGCCCAGUGUCACGGUGAAAGAUGUCAACCAGCAGGAGUUUGUCAGGGCUCUCUCAGCUUUCCUCAAAAAGUCUGGCAAACUGAAGGUCCCAGAGUGGGUUGACACAGUGAAGCUUGCCAGGCACAAGGAGCUGGCACCCUGUGAUGACAACUGGUUUUACACCAGAGCAGCAUCCACAGCCCGUCACCUGUACCUUCGCGGAGGGGUGGGCGUGGGCUCCAUGAUCAAGAUCUACGGAGGGCGUCAGAGGAACGGUGUUUGCCCUGCCCACUUCAGCGUGGGCUCCAGGAAUGUGGCGAGGAAGGUCCUCCAGGCUCUGGAGGGCCUCAAGAUGGUAGAGAAGGACCCCAGUGGUGGACGGAGACUUACUCCUCAGGGUCAGAGAGAUCUUGAUAGGAUCGCAGGUCAGGUUGCCUCAGCAAACAAGAAACAGCGAAGUUUACAAAGCGCCAUCUGAGGAAUGCAUGCAAAGAAUCCAGACGAGUGAAAUGCAGUUAUGCCUUACUGCUUAUUUACUCAAGUUCGCUUGUUUCCCUUAUCACUCCAGUGCCCACAUUACAAAAGGCACUUCAUAGAGAUGUGUCUAUAGUAUGCAUGUGUCUAUAGUACUGUAAGAACAAAUUAAAGAUUAUACAUGGAUGUUUGGCAACAGUUUUAGGUUUCUUUGUCAUUUGAAAUUCAUUAUGAAUUUCAUGACAGCUGUGGUGUUGCGACAGCAAAACACAGAAUGGGCACAGGAAGAAUGCAGUAUUUCUAAGCAAGAGCAUUUUAAUGUUGUUUUGACAACAACUGUGAAACUCAAUGUAAAAAAGAAAGAAAUGGAUGUUAAUGUAUAUUUUUAUUAAUUUAUUCAAUUCUUUGUCUUCAGUGUUGGUUACAGAAUAUUAUGCUCAAACAUUUUAUUUAUGAGAUGUAUAUGAAUGACAUGAUAAUACAGAAGGUGUUCUGAUUAAACUGAGUCUGAAUACUGAA